AUGAAUCGAAGAACCGAAAGUCCCAUGGAUUGGGAAUACCAGGACUCAGGCCCUGUCGAUCCGAAUAGCCCGUUUACCUGGCAGCCUCAAAAGAACGAGAAGAAUGCAUUGCGCCCAAAUUCCUUUGCCUUUGGGACUUCCUUUCGUAACCCAAGCUUUGCCUUCUCUCGGCGGCGUCCGUUUGACGAGGGGCCCUUAUCUAAGAUAGCUUCCGAUGAUAGAAGCCUAGAGUUAACUACUCCCACUCCCAACCCAAGCUUUACCCUCCCGCGGCGGCGUCCGCUUGACGAGGAUGCCUUAUCCGAGGUAGCUUCUGAUGAUGAAACGCCAGAGCUAACUAAGAGAGAGCCAACCUGGAGCAAUCACGCCGCCGGGGUUAAGAAGAAGCCUAGGUCUCGAGCUAGGUCUCCCUCUCACUAUUCGCGCAACCCAACUUCCUCUGCCAGGCGACGCAAACGAGCCUCCAAACCUUUUCGAGGAUCCUCGGAUUUCGACAAGAAUCCUUACUUUUCUGAGUCCUCUUCUUCCGGGUCUAUAGACAUAUCCGACUCUCAACGGCCUGGCAAUCGCACCCCCCGAGAAGCCAAGUCCCUCAUUUUCACCCAAGAUGCCCUGCGUGGUAGUAGGGAGAGCGGAUGGACCCCACUCGCUCUAUCUACCCUCGUCAUCCUCACGGCAAUAUGUGUCGGGGGAACCUUCUACUACAGAGUGCUUUCGAUUAGCAUCCUAGUCGUCUGGAUCUAUCAGACGCUCAUAUUCUCGGCAAAUUAUGUAUUUUCAUCCAGUAAACGGCCAUCCCGUCGUCCAGGGAAGUCCUUUUACACAUGGAUAUUGGACUUUGCAAGACUUGUUGGAUUACUCGUGUUGAUCUUAUGGUGUCUCAUUAUCAGCCCUAUCCAUAUAUUCAUUCCCACUCCUAUGGACGCCUGGACGCGAUACGCUGAGCAUCCUACAUUUCGCUCGUUCGAGGUUCUGAACGACCCCGGCAGAUCUACCAUUGUGGAAGUCUUUGCUAUACACGGGCUUGGGUCCAAUCCCUCAAGUGCCUGGAGAUAUGGCGGCAACGGCUCGCAAGUGUACUGGCUCACGGAUUUACUGCCCAAGCAGAAGGGUCUCGAGAACAUCAAAAUCAUCAUGCUUAACCACCAGACGAGAUGGGACUCUCACUCGCCCGAGGUCGACUUUGAUGUCUUUGCCAAGAUGAUGUUGGACGAUAUUGAGCGUCUUCACCAAAAGAAUCGACCCAUCAUUUUCAUUGCCCACAGCUUCGGAGGUCUGCUACUCAAAAAGGUAAACUGGUUCUUCCCUAUAUCUGUUCUAACGCUCAAUAUUCUUGCGACGACGCGUUCCAAACACAUCCCGCAAAUGACAAAGGGCAUCUACUUCCUGGGCGUCCCUCAUCAUGGCACCAAAGCCAGCUUUCCCGCGUCUUUGCUCGCUUGCACAGCAUAUUGGCGAGGCUCGUCAACAACUAUGUUGGAGUACAUGUCGGAGAGCAAUCCAGCCAUAGCAGCCUUGGACAAGGAGUUCUACGAGGCUUACGCACGAUCGAGCCAGAUCCGUGAAUAUAAUGCACCAUAUGUGUGCAACUUUUUGGAAAUGAGGCCCGAGAGAUUGGGCAGGCUCUCACUGAAUCCUACGGUAAAUAAAGAAUCCGGAACCCUACAUUACGCUGAAGACGUGCUUCUCAACACUGACCAUAGAGGACUGAACAAGUUUCAGUCGCCCAACGACCCCAAUUUUGAGAAGUUUUUGCGGCAUUUCUAUCAUGCAUUGCGUUAA